AUGUCCAAGGCCUCAGACUCUGGCAACAUUCAACACAGGUUAGUGGAGCUGGCACUCAGGAGUAAAGAUGAAGAUGCAUACCAGCCAGAGCUCAGUAAGAGCAGUGAAGAUGAAGAUAAUGAGAAUACCAGCAACCUGGAUGAACAUUCAGCAGGUAGUGCACCAGUUGCCAAUGCCCAGACUUCUGAUUCAGAACAUGAACAUCCACAGAAAGAGUUCUGGUGCAAGCAGUUCUAUCUGCUAUUAUUCCUGUGUGAUCUGGGGUCCAUGAUGCUAGAGCCACAUCAGUGCUCCCCACUUCACUGCCAGGGUCUGCUCUACUGCCAGUUCUACAACACCAUCAAGAAGAUCUUCAUGGCCAGCAAGCAUUCCCUGUUUGCAAAUGAGAACCUGGACACAUUGGCUCUGGAUCUCAGGCUGGUACAGAUUUGGCAGCAUAUCAGAAAGGCCAUCAGCCAUUCCCCUCUGGCCUUGCUGCGCGCAUACAUCUACACCAAGCAACAGUGCCAUGUCAUCAUUUCUGACUGCUGCCAUGGAUCAAAUUCUCUGGGAAAGCAAUCUAGCCAAUCAUCCCACAGUUGUGCCUCAAUGCCCAGUGCUCUUUCUCAACUAUCACACCAACCAGCUUCUGAGGUGGCUGCAGUGGAACAACAACAAGCUGUGUACUGGAUUUGA